ACCAUAGAGAUGAUCGCCAAUGUUGCUUGAUGUUGUGCUAUAUAUAUUUCUAAUGCUUGCUUGCAAGCAGAUAUACCAAAACCAGCUAACAUCAAUCUUUCCAUAUUAGUAAUUUCCAAUUCUUAAAUGCAUACUGCUAAGUUUUUCUUGGUGCUUCUCUCCGCGGCCCUUGUUUUGGGGCUUGCAGAGAGCUUCGACUUCCAUGAGAAAGAUCUCGCCUCAGAAGAGAGCCUUUGGGAUCUAUACGAAAGAUGGAGGGCAUACCAUACUGUCUCCCGGGACCUCGAGGAGAAGCAAAGGCGGUUUAAUGUGUUCAAGGCUAAUGCCCGUCAUGUUCACCAGACGAACAAGAUGGAUAAGCCUUAUAAGCUAAAGCUGAACAUGUAUGCUGACAUGACUAACCACGAGUUUAGAACCUCUUAUGGGUCUAAAAUCGCGCAUCACAGAAUGUUCCACCCACGUCCAGUGACAGAGUUCAUGCAUGGUAAACUAGAAGAUGUUCCUGCUUCUGUUGAUUGGAGAGCUAAAGGAGCUGUUACCCCUGUUAAGAAUCAGGGGAAUUGCGGUAGCUGUUGGGCAUUCUCAACUGUAGCUGCAGUAGAAGGAAUAAACCAGAUCAAAACCAAACAAUUAGUCUCGCUCUCUGAACAGGAGCUGGUGGAUUGUGACCAUGACAACGAAGGCUGCAACGGAGGACUUGUUGAGCAUGCUUUGGGUUACAUCAAGAAAGCUGGUGGAGUGGUCGCAGAAACCACCUACCCAUAUGCGGCUAAGGAUGAAACAUGCAACUCAGCUAAGACCAACACACCUGUAGUGAAGAUCGAUGGUUAUGAGGUGGUGCCUGAAAAUAAUGAGGACGCUUUGAUGAAAGCCGUUGCAAAUCAACCUGUUUCCGUGGCUAUUGAUGCUAAUGGUUCUGAUAUGCAGCUUUACUCUGAGGGUGUGUUUACUGGAAAGUGUGGAACAGACUUGGACCAUGCAGUAACAGCAGUAGGAUACGGAAUAACACAAGACGGAACCAAGUAUUGGAUAGUGAAGAACUCAUGGGGACCUGGAUGGGGUGAGAAGGGCUACAUUCGGAUGCAACGCAGUGUUAGCGCCAAGGAGGGACAGUGUGGCAUUGCUAUGGAUGCAUGCUACCCUAUCAAGUCGUCUUCUGACAAUCCUCAGCCUGCUAAGGAUGAACUCUGAAGCAUCAGAAGACUGCAGUAGAACCAGGAUAUCAAUUUGUUGAAGUGAAACUAGCCUCAUUUAGUUUCUUUUAAUUGCAAAAUAGGCAUACCUUUUUUUUCUAUUUUGCUUCGUUUUCUACCUAUAACUAAUAAAUGUUUGGCAAGAAACAGAUGGAAAAUUUGUCAAUUACAACCAUUUAAAACAUAUAUUUUGCCAAUUG